AUCCGGAUUUAGCAAUGCUGGUGCGGUAGGGAGGGGAGGGAACAUGAGCAGCAGAGACGAAGAGGCGCUCCAUGCGCUGGUGCUGGUACCUACCUCUAGCACAUUGCAAGUGAAGCAGCCAUGGCGAGCUGUAGUAGCAGGCAUGCUAGUGGCGGUUCUUGUCCUGUUUGCCGUCAGCACACCCUCCAGCAGCAGAGAGAAGGACGAGCUUACCCUCCGUAGCGCAACCUUGACGAUCAAGGAUCUUGCCAACGAGUAUGACCUGGAGAAUCACUUUGGAGAGGGUCAAGAAGACUCCUUCUCCUUCUGCGGGAAGAGCGUGCUAAACCAGAGGGAGGUGCGGCUGUGCGCGGAGAGAUUCCUUUCUCUGCUAUCUGGGCACACACAGGGCCGGGUGAAGGAACAUAGCAGUCAACUGUGGGGCCUCCCCCACCUCACGGCGUACAGCCGAUGCACACGGGCAAAGACGAUCGACCAGGUGAAGGGAUGCAUACGGUCCGUGACGGCUGCUCUGUCCAAGAGGGCCAUCAUCCAGCACCAGAGACAAGGGACCUCCGAGUUCGACAAGGGCCUGGAGGAAGUCGCCGAGGAGUCCGUGAAGAGAGUACAAGGCAGCGACCCCAUUGAAGGGCUGAAUGGAGGCAUGAACGGUGAGACCUCGGAAGGUUCCAACUCAAAGUAUCUGCAAGAGAAGGCGAGAGGAGCGCAGGAGGGGAUGGUCCCAGGUUGCGAGAAGCUGGGGAUCAGCGGUUGUGCGAGUGUGAAAGAUGGAGGACUUCGUCCUUCGGUGAAGGAAAGAGCUCUCGAUGCUAUUCGGGAAGGGAACGAGCACUGAUGGUAGACCGGGCGCUACGGGACAAGUCUCGGAGAUCUGUUUGCUUUCAAUUUCCGUCACGAAAGAUGAUCUAACGACUAGUUCUUUCAUGUAUCACAACGUGUAUGCCAUGUUUGAUACGACAUAGCUGAUUCUCUGUAAAC